GUUAAUUACGGAAACUUCUUCACAGAGCUUUUCUCCUUGUCUCGUUUUUUUUCCAAAUCUUCGUCAUUUUGGAGAUGGCAUCUCGUUGUGCCAAAGCUUUGCUGGGCAAUUCUUCGUAUGCCAUAAGAUCUUCUUUGAGGAAGUUUCAAACAUCCGCUUGUGCGACUUACCCUCUUGUACCGAUUGUGAUUGAGCAAACCGGACGCGGGGAGCGUGCGUAUGAUAUAUACUCCAGAUUGCUGAAGGAGAGGAUCAUUUGCGUCAUGGGACCUGUGUCUGACGAAAUGUCGAGUCUCGUCGUGGCGCAGUUAUUAUUCCUGCAAAGUGAAAGUAAUAAGAAGCCGAUCCAUAUGUACAUCAACAGUCCUGGAGGCAGUGUGACGGCAGGAUUAGGCAUUUAUGACACGAUGCAGUACAUUCUGCCUCCGAUUGCCACCUGGUGCGUAGGACAAGCGUGCUCCAUGGCUUCUUUGCUGCUGGCUGCGGGGGCCCAAGGGAUGCGGCAUUCUCUGCCGAAUGCCAGAAUAAUGAUCCACCAACCCUCGGGACAAGCGAGGGGUCAAGCCAGUGAUAUUCUCAUUCACGCAGAAGAAAUCAUCAAGAUCAAGAAGCAGUUGAAUCAGUUGUACAACAAACAUACCAAACAAGAAAUAGAUAUGAUAGAACGCAGCAUGGACAGAGACAGGUUUAUGUCGCCGGCAGAAGCCAAGGCUUUCGGCCUCAUCGACUUGAUCCUGGAACAUCCUCCGAAAUUGGGUGAGAAGUCAGUCGUGGAGUCCCCGAGUGGAGGGGAGGAUUCGGGAGUGAAUCCCGCCCGAGAGGACCCUGAGCCUGCACUCGCUGGGCAUUCGCGAGGUGUUCUCUGGGGAUUCAGACUUAGUUUUUUUGAAAAGAAAAAGAAAAAAACCCGGAAUUUAUUUUGGUUCACAGUCCCGAAAAGCGCAACGUCGUUUGACGAAGUUGAAAAAGGUGCUGCCGAUGAGGAGGUGCCUGCGGCACGAGCAGAAGCUGGUGAAUCCAAGGACAUGUCGGAAACCAACCCGUCUCUCGUCAGAGUCACGGAUGCCGAAGGCAACAACGCCCUUCAUUUGUCCUCAUGGCAAGGGAAGACAAAAACCGUGGGCUUUUUGGUGGACAAAAUACCCGUUGAUUCCCGGAACUUUGCCGGUAUGACCCCUCUGCACUUGGCCUGUGCCUCUGACCAGAGAGCAGUUGCCGAAUUGCUUCUUGAAAAUGGCGCGGAUCCGUUGGCCGUGUCGAUUCUGGGUGCGACGAGUGUCGACAUUGCUGCGUGCAACUCGAACGCGGACUUGCUUCGAUGCCUUCUGCAAAGUGUCGGAGCCAAGCGAGUGGAUCUCAACUCCAAGUUGGCGUCUGAUUUGUGCGAAAAGGUUCCGUUUCUAUUUGCGGGUUGCCUGGCGGAAGAUCCGGGCAUCUGUCGGAUAUUGCUCCAAGCCGGCGUGAAUGCCGAUGCCUGGGAUUCAUUCACGUGCACGUCGGUGCUCAUGUUGGCCGCCACGCGAGGCGUCCGACACGUUGUGGAUCUUCUCGUGGAUUGGGGAGCCAAGCCUGGACGAAAGUCACCGGGUGGAAACGGCGCCGCUGACUUUGCCGCCUAUUGGGGCCACGUUUUCCCGCGACUCGGGCGCAGGAACGCCAAGCAGCAGUUUUUCCGCAGGCCAGUGAAUGACAUUGUGACGGCUGUGAAACUCGGGGACGCCCUGGCGGUGCAGCGGGUCUUGGCAGAGUUGGGCGCGGAAGUCGUGGAUGCCAAGAGCGAUGACGAAGGGGCGACUGCCUUGUCGUAUGCCGCCACUCUGGGACGGCUGGACCUCGUCCGAAUGCUGGUGGAAUACGGGGCGGACGUGAAUGCGCAGGACGACAGGUUCAAGUGGACUGCGUUGAUGCAAGCCGUUUUUCACGGACAUUUUCAAGUUGCCGAGUACCUCAUACAAGUGGGAUGUGAUGUGACGAAGACGGCCGACGAUGGAUGUGCGGCGUUGGACCUGCUUUGGAUCGCGGACAAGCACUUGGACGACCCGAGAUUUUUGCAACUUUUGUCGAAAGCACAUCAGCAGCAGACGGACGCCAAAACCCUCGAGCGGUUGUCGAAAUGUGGCCGAAAAACGGCGUGGGAAGAUCGGAAGGUUUCCAAUGAAGGGGUGAAGGCUUGGUUGUCUAGAAUUGCGAAACGCGUCAAGAACGUCAAGUGGAGCAAAGACCCAAUCAGAGUAGUUGUUGUGGACGAGACGAAGAAGCCUGAUGAAUUGGAGAAGGAAAGCUGUGCUUUCUUCGCUGCAACCUCUUCGUCUCUCUCUCCGUUUCCGAGCAAAUUUUCAAUGCCUACUCAAUAUGGCCCGCUUCCCGGGCAGAAGUCGUCGUCAUUUUUGGAAGAACCCUUUUUCGGACGAACCGUAAAAGUCCCUUCUCCUUCGACUGCCUUUGGUGGAGAUGGAGAAGACUUUCUUUCCCCCAUGAAACCAACUGUGAUCACCAUUGAGACGUGCGUGAGUGACCGAAAGCGAAAGGACUCCGAUGAUAGCUUCAAGGGCAUGAUUCUGCUAAGACCUGGUGAAGACGAGUUCAUGAAACGGAAGGGCAAAAAGCGUGAAGCGGACAAUUUUUUUGACGGCCAAAUGAGCGAAUUGGUGAAGCACGUGACUGACUUGAAGGCCAAGUUGACUACUUUCGGACUGGAAUCUUACCUCCCGACCUUAUUGGAUCAGGAAGUUGACGUCCAAGUUCUGGGCAUGUUGGACAAGGAGGAUUUGGACGAGAUGAAUGUGAACGAAGCAGAUAAGCCUGCUUUCCUGAUGCUCAUCAAUUCUCUAAGAGUGUGAAGGAUUUUUUUUAAUGGAUCUCAGCGCAUAAUCAAGUGCCUUUGCGUAGCUUCAAUAACGCAACAGUGUGGUUACUGUGGCCUUAUUCGGAAUAUUACUGUGAUUUGCUCUC